UUCACUUUGUCAGGCACUACGAUGUAUUGGUAAUCUGAUUGCCGGACAUCCCAAGAAUCUUGAUGCCCUUUCAAGCAAAUUGCUUGGAGAGGGGCCGUAGGAACCUGCUUUGAACUCAAUUCUUUGAAUCAUCUUGCGGACAUCCAGUAUGCAAGAAUUUGUUGCUGCAGAUUAUGUUUUUAAGAGCUUUUGUGAGAAAAAUGCUGAUGGCCAAACUAUGUUAGCGUCAACUUUGAUUCCUCAACCUCAUUCCAUGGCACAUGCUCCUGUUGAGGAAGAUGUGCACAUGUCCUUUGGAAGCAUGCUAUUACAAGGUCUUACCUUGAGUGAGAAUGAUGGUGAUCUUGAGACAUGCUGCCGAGCUGCUAGUGUUCUUUCUCAUGUAAUGAAGGACAAUAUCCAGUGCAAGGAAAGGGUUUUGCGUAUUGAACUCGAGGCACCUACACCAUCUUUAGGUGCUCCUGAGCCUCUAAUGCACCGUGUGGUAAAAUACUUGGCCCUUGCCUCUUCCAUGAAAAACAAAGAUGGAAAAUCAAGUGGAAACUCAUAUGUUGAACCAAUUAUCUUGAAAUUGCUGGUCACUUGGCUAUCUGAUUUCCCUAGUGCUGUGAAUUGCUUCCUAGAUUCACGUCCCCACAUCACAUAUCUUCUUGAGUUGGUCUCCAAUUCGUCUACUACAGUGUACAUAAAGGGAUUGGCAGCUGUUCUUCUUGGGGAGUGUGUAAUCUACAACAAAUCAGUUGAAAGUGGGAAGGAUGCUUUUACUAUAGUUGAUUCUAUAAGCCAGAAGGUUGGGCUCACGACAUACUUUCUGAAGUUUGAUGAGAUGCAGAAAAGCUUCCUUUUCACCUCUGCGAGUUCUACUCAGCCCCGUAAACAAUUAACCAGAUCUGCUUCUGCUAGUAUGGUAGAGAUUGAAGAUGUUGAUGAGAACAAUUUAUUGGAUCAGAAAAAUGAGGAUCAUCCGGUUCUCUCCUCAAUCUUUGAUGCUCCAUUUGUAAACCUUGUUAGGAGCUUGGAGGUGAACAUCAGAGAGAAAAUCGUUGAGGUUUACAGUCAUCCAAAGAGCAAGGUGGCAGUGGUGCCAGCAGAAUUGGAAAAGAAGAGUGAGGAAAGUGAUAGGGAGUAUAUAAAGCGGCUGAAAGCAUUUGUGGAGAAGCAAUGCUCUGAGAUACAGUUAGGACUUAAGAGGCAAUCAGUAGAGAAGUGUUUGGAUCCGGCCAUAUGUGGGCUAGGGCUACUUAUGGGCAGAUCUCUGCAAAGAUGUGGAUUGGAGCCUCCAUGGGUGUUUAAUGGUGUGG